AUGCGCACGUACCCUCUGCUUCUAGUGGCUGCUGUCACUCUCUCUGCCUAUGUUGAUGCGUCUUCAACAAGAUCGAGCUCGACAUUCGAGCGACCAGCACCGUCUCAUCAGCACGCCCCCCGGCGGUUUCUGCGAGAUGGGGCGAACACAACCGAAGAGGAGAGAGCACCUAAUUUUAUAAAGGCAACUUUUGGAUCUUCAGCGGGAAAAAGCGAUGAAGCACUUGUGGCCGCCCUUUCUCCAAAAGAUUUUACCGCUGACGUGAUCACCAAUUUGUUGAAUGCCAUAAAAUUUGAAGACAAAAACGUGCUUAAAUCCAACCAAUUUAAGACGUAUCUAUGGCUUAUGGAGCAGAAACGGGCAAUAGAAGGCCACAGUGAGGCUCAAAUGUAUGUGGAUAUUGCGAAAGAUUUGGAUCGUCGCUACAAAAACGAUUUUCCUGGCCUUCUACGGAUGCUGCAAAAAUCCUAUUGCCUUAAACUCAAAGAGCGUGGAGUAGAAGAUCCUAACUUUAUGUUGUGGGUCAAAUAUGUGACUAUACAAUGUGAAUUUUUAAAGAACCCGGGAGGAGAAUGGAAGGAGAUGGUGAAUGUCUUGGAGCAAUCAUACGAGUAUAAUGAACUUUUGACUAUGCUGAGUAAGGCCUUUAAGAAUAAAAAAACGAAGGAAAUCGCGACGAAAUUGAUGGUGUUUACUUGA